UGACGCUCCAUCAACAGCUGCAUAUAAGACAGCACCGUUGGGUGCAUGUAUAAUUGAUACCCAACUGCAUCCAUCUUCCAACUCACAGCAGCGACAACACUCUCCUUUUUACACCGUAGACUUUCCAACAUCAAUCUUCCUCUUCCAUCCACCAUCACCAUCAUCUACAAAGGCCAACACCAAACAGCAUCUCCUCACCAAAACACCCUCGCCAUGCCAUCUCUCACCCUCCCAACCUCAGCCUCGACAGAAACCCUCCUCCUCAAAUGCCAAAAAGAAACUCACAAAUCCCCCCUCCCACCAACAUGGACCUCCCACCCCCCCAACCAAGAAAUCCACCCUCCGCCCAACACCCUCGCCCUCGCCAUCCGCAUCGACGCCGCCUUCCCGACCUCGAUCCGCUUCUACGAAUCCGCCACCAACCGCCCCGUCGGCGCCGUCGGCCCCGAGUUCCGCGGCUCCCUCGUCCUCGUCCCCUGGCGGCCCGGCCUCAAGUUCGUCGUCGCGCCCUCGUGCAGGCGCAGCAACGGGUGUCUUGUCGGCGUCAUAAGGGAGCAGGGCAAGGGCGGCACGCCUAGGGGGGAUACUACUACUACUCCUGGAGAGACCUCCCCUCGGAUGGGUCCUAGUAGGGGAGCUGCCACUCCUGUAGAGACCUCCCCUCAGGUAGUUCUUGAUGGUGCCUCUGAAGAACCUCCCCAGGUAACCUCCAAAGAACCCCUCAGAGAACAUCCUCAGGCAGUCCCUAAGAAAAUCCCCAAGCAAACCCCUCAAGCCGUCCCAGAAAUAUCCCCCAUGCCCUCUCCAGGGAUCAACCCCAAACCAACUCCAACCUCAAUCCCAAAAAUCACCGCAAACAUGAAAGCCAAAAUAACCCCAAAGACGUCCCCAAAAGCACCCACCACAAUGAAGACCACGGGAAUAAGAGGAAGAAGCAACAGCAAAAGAAAGAGCCUCAUCCCCGUCGCCAUCCCCAAGAAAAGCAGCACCUCCUCUGGCUCCGAUGGCAAGGCGGCGCUCAACGGCCAAGAAGAAGGAGGAGGAGAAGAACGGCCUCCUCGACAUGGAACGGCAAUUCCCUCUCCAGUCAGCAGCAGCGGAAGCCGGAAGCGCAAGCAUGUGAGCUUCGACGAUGCAAUCGUGACGGGAAAGCGAUCCAUCAGGAUGGCGGUGCCGGGACACUAGACGCGAGAGACAGCAAUGUGGUCAAGCCCGGGCAGCAAAGUUGAUGGGUCAUUUCUUUUUACUUUGUUCUGCAAACUUUGAUUGAGUCUGUUCAACAUCUCCUUGGACUUGAACUGGUAUUUCACAGUAGGCACUCAAUAUCAAGACAAUUCACAACAAGACAGCACUUUCAACAGCGCAACGAUUUACAGCUUUUAUUUCUUUCAGC